CAUGAACAGAGUCUGGUCCGGCCUGUCCUCGAGGUUGUCGAUUUCAUGCCCUACCCUUCUCAGGAUUGACGAUGGCCGAUGACGAAUGCCGCCGAGAGAUUCGAUUUCGCCAAAAGGGCGCCGUUGCGGAUGACGUUCGACAAUUCCGCUGCGGAUAACGUCGUCGAUCCUCGAUAUCCAUCGUUUCUUCCCUCGCAGUACAUUUGCUGAACCUGUCUAGCAGGUUGCGGACGUCAGGUCAUCCCCAAGAACUAGCUUGAUCCAGCGACUUAGCUAUUACGGAUUCCCUCGAGCAUCAUAUCUAGGCCAUGUCCUUCAACAUGAGACACACCGGGAAACACGCCUUGAACCUGCACAGGCUUGGGGUCUUUGGCAACCGGUUACGACUGCAAGCUAGGAGAGGUAUCGCCUCUGAGAUCAAGGAGGCAGGAAAAGAGACGCUAGUCGUCCUCGGUGCAGGUUGGGCUGGGUACCAGUUCAUAAGCAAGGUGGACAAGAGCAAGUACAAGAUCGUGUCCAUAAGUGGGAGUACAACCUUUGUUACCACCCCACUGUUACCGAGUGCAGCGACCGGAGCGCUCUCAUUCAGGGACAUUGUCGAGCCAUUACGUUCAACAAAUGAUGUCAACUAUUACCACGCCUGGGCAGAAGAUGUCGAUUUCAAGAACAAGGUCAUCACGGCCAUUCCUGCCGCCAAACCCAUCUUUAGAGGAAAAGAUCCUCUUGUCAAGCAACAACAGCGGGAUGCUAGAGCAGAGACGGUCGCCGAGGCUACGACCGAGUAUCAGAUCAAGUAUGACAAGCUCGUCAUCGCGACUGGGUGUUACAACCAGACGUUUGACACUCCUGGAGUCAAGGAGAAUGCAUACUUCUUGAGGGAUAUUGAGAGCGCUGCAGCGAUCAGAUAUCAUAUCUAUGAAAUGCUAGACAGUGCUACAUGGCCAGACCUCUCGGACACGCUAAGACAAGCCCUCCUAACCUGGGUCAUCGUAGGAGGAGGUCCGACUGGCUCAGAACUCGCUGCAGAGAUGCACGACCUGGCUCGGUCUAAAGAGUUCAACAAGCUCUACCCGACGUUGGCUCCUCAGAUCAAGAUCAAGCUUUUGGAUGCCGCGCCGGCUAUCUUGACGAACUAUGAUAAGGCCUUGAGCAAGUAUGCUGCAAAGAAGCUGAAACGCGACGGAAUCGAGGUUUUGACUUCGCGUAAAGUCUUGCGUGUCGAGCCAGACAAGAUUGUGACCGAGCAAGAUGGCGAGAUUCCUGCCGGCCUGGUCGUGUGGUCCACUGGAAACAAGGCUUCACCGCUCAACGAGACCUUGGAAUCGCUGCAGAGGGACAAGAAGAAGUCGUUUGUCGUUACCGAGGAAUUGCAGGUCUUGAACAGACCGACGGUAGAGGGGCAACGAGGGGAGGUCGUCCCGGACGUCUGGGCGAUGGGGGAUUGUGCGCAGAUCGAUGGUCAUCCUUUACCGGCUACUGCUCAGGUUGCCAACCAAGAGGGAGUGUUCCUAGCAGACUUGCUCUCUGGCAGAAUAUCAUAUCCGGCCAAAAAGAGCUUCAAAUACGUACAUAGAGGAACCAUGACGAACAUCGGUGGUGGAGAAGGAUUGGUCGAGGCUCCGUUUGCCAACCUCCGAGGUCGAAUGGCUUAUAUAGCUUGGAGGGGGUACUAUUGGAUCAGCAGUCUGAGCUGGAGGAACAAGUUCAACUUGGCUUUCAGAUGGACACAGAACGCGAUCAUCGGGCGGGAUAUCUCCCGGAUCUGAAGCUGUAUCUCAGCGAGAUCCUGUUCAGGUCCACUGUAAUGAUACUUGGCUCACCACACUCGAUGUAUCGUUCACGAAUCUGAUGACUCGUCCAUCAAUGCAUCGAGUCGCAGCCGAGCCUGACAUUUUUCGCGUGCCCGAGCUUGUGGGUUGUUGUGUUUGUCGCCUCUGGCCGCCCGUUCCCAGUCCAGAUUCACAUGC